AACGUUGUAAACAAUAAACCCAUUUGGUCUCUCUAUUGAUUGAGGUUUAGGGGGUUUUUACAUCCUUUUGAUUCGAUCAUUUUCGAGUAUUAAAAAUCGGAACUUUCGAUCAAUGGGGAGGAGAAUACUGAACGAUGCGUUGAGAACGAUCGUGAAUGCUGAGAAGCGAGGUAAAGCUUCGGUGGAGUUGAAGCCUGUCUCUACUGUAAUGUCUUCGUUUCUCAAAAUCAUGAAGGAGAAAGGGUACAUCAAGAACUUUCAAGUUCAUGAUCCACACAGAGUUGGAAGAAUAACUGUUGAUCUACAAGGAAGGGUUAAUGAUUGCAAAGCUCUCACUUACAGGCAGGACGUCAAGGCAAACGAGAUCGGGCAAUACACAGAACGCACACUUCCAACACGCCAGUGGGGUUAUGUUGUGAUUACAACUCCUGAUGGCAUUUUGGACCAUGAAGAGGCUAUUAAACGGAAUGUGGGUGGUCAGGUUCUUGGUUUCUUUCAUUGAAUCGCCCAUUUCGAAUACGGAAAGAAACUCUAAUGAAGGGACUUUGACAUGUCGAAAUCCUGUGAGAACAUGACAUUUGCCUGGCUUUGUUCACAUUGUUUGUUUGUUUCUUGCACUGCAAUUUGAGCACAAUGGUAUUUUAGUUAACAAAUUUUAUUUCUAUUGUGACAACAUUUCAAAUGUUAUUGUAAAAUCAUUUUCUUCCUUCACAAA